CACAAGUCGACGAAUCGCCUGUCUUGGGACGGUAUGCUUCGACCGCCUACACUAACCAUGGGCAGAGUAGUCUUGCAGAUGAGGUACGCAGGAGGCAACAUGGUCGACACAUCAUGAGUUGGAACAACUACGAUGAUAGAAGUGCCAUCUCGCCACCUGCAUCGACGACGAUGUCUCCACGAAUUGGCUCUCCUGAUGUUAGUCCGCUGAUGAACAGCUCGCGCGAUUCAACCGCGAGCAAAUCGCCACCAGAGGGAUAUCCAGGGAACUUCAUAUAGUGGUACAAAGCGGAGUCGAUUUUCCCUACACAUGGCAUCACUGAUUUUCUUCGUCUGAGAUGUGCAAUCGCUAGAUACCAUU